AUGCCCACAUUAGCCCCGAUCAACUUCAACAUUGUCUGCACGACACUGGGAGGCUUCAUCUCACUCUUUGGACUGGUAUCCUACCUGUGCAAAGAACAAUUCUACCUCUCAGAAGCAUUGAUCUCCCUCAUCGCCGGCGUGAUAUUCUCACCUCACGCCGCAAACUUAAUCAGACCCGAGGACUAUGCUCUGCACUCGCAGCAAAACCUCGAGGCAAUCACCUUGCACUUCACCCGUCUAGUUCUAGGCGUGCAGCUAGUCCUCGCAGGAGUCCAACUCCCAAAACGAUAUCUGCAAAUCGAAUGGCGCAGCCUGGGACUUCUUCUGGGGCCUGGCAUGGCUGCAAUGUGGAUGUGUAGCAGUUUAGUGAUCUGGGCAAUGGUUCCGAACUUGAAGUUCCUGCACGCUCUGAUCGUGGGUGCUUGUGUGACUCCCACUGACCCUGUACUGUCGAACUCGAUUGUCAAGGGGAAAUUUGCCGAUAAGCAUGUUCCACGGGGACUGCAGAGGAUCAUUAUUGCCGAGUCUGGUGCUAAUGAUGGUCUUGGAUACCCCUUUCUCUUCUUCGGUAUCUAUCUCCUCCAGUAUACUGGCAUGGGAGCGCAGAGCUACAGUGGUGGUGCGGGGAAAGCAAUGUGGCUGUGGUUCUAUGAGACAUGGGCAUAUACGAUUCUUCUUAGUGUUGCGUACGGCACUGUUGUUGGAUGGAUUGCGAGAAAGCUCUUGCAUUGGGCGGAGGAGAAGCACUACGUUGACCGGGAGAGUUUCUUGGUAUUUGCCAUUGCCCUGGCGCUGUUUGUUGUAGGAAGUUGUGGUUUAAUAGGAACAGAUGAUCUGCUUGCCUGUUUCAUUGCUGGAAAUGUGUUCACACAAGACGACUGGUUCCGUCUCGAAACAAUGGACGAUUCACUUCAACCAACAAUUGACAUGCUCCUCAACCUGUCUGUGUUCAUGUGGUUUGGAGCCGUGUGUCCAUGGUCAUCAUUCCUGAACAACAGCGUCAUUCCAAUCCACAGGCUGAUAUUCCUGGGAAUCCUCAUCCUGCUAGUCCGCAGACUCCCCAUAGUCUUCGCCAUGCACAAAUGGAUCCAACAAAUCGAACUAGUCUCCCAAGCCGCAUUUGUCGGCUUCUUCGGCCCCAUCGGAGUUGGUGCCAUUUUCUACCUAUCCAUCAGUCUGGAAUUUCUCCGCCAAAUCCAAGUCAACGGCGAAACCCCAGAAGAUGUGAAACAUGUCAUGGAAACAAUCCAAAUAGUAGUGUGGUUCCUAGUCAUCUGCAGCAUCGUUGUGCAUGGCCUCUCAGUCCCCCUGGGAAAAGCAGGGUAUCAUCUCCCACGCACAAUCUCCAGCGUAAUCAGCACCAGCCACGAGGAACAAGAACCAGUUCCAAUCUCCAAUAUCAGACACACUCACAGCACAGCGACUCCCCUGACCGUGGAGGAUUCCAGCUACCGAACCCGUAAGCGUGGGUUUCGGUUCCGAAGCGCAACGCCGCACCCACCCCUCUUUCGUAUUGGUGGCUCGGUGAUUCCUGAUCGCUCGCCUUCUCAACUGGGUGUGGGUGAGUCUGAUGAACCUGAGAGACCUGUUCAUUUGGUGCAUCAGUCGAGAGGUGAGACCUAG